AAUCAUUUGAAACCUUGAGACUGUUUCUCCUUUGCUUGGAAGGAACCACCAGAAAUAGUUGUAGGUGCUAAUUGCCCAUUAUUCUUACUAAUGUGAAAUUGUUAGUUUCAAUCGUUGAAUAUUUUACUUGCUUGAAUCUUAACAAGGGGAGCUCAAGAUGGAAGGACCAUGCAGUGGCUUGCUUCCCAUCGUGCCAUUCAGGGGCUCUUCCAACGCCUGAAUGGUUCUUCCUCGAGUCGCUUACGCUGAGAAGAGGGGUCCAGGCUGCAAAAUCUUCCAACAUCUCGCAUUACAAAGAUGGCAUUGCUGAAAGUCAAAUUCAACCAGAAGAAACGGGUAAAACUAGCGCAGGGACUAUGGCUCAUGAACUGGUUUUCAGUGUUUGCUGGAAUUCUUGUUUUUAGCAUGGGGUUGUUCCUCAAAAUUGAACUCCGGAAGAGAAGUGAAGUGAUGGACAAUUCUGAAAGCCAUUUUGUGCCCAAUUCUUUGAUAUUAAUGGGUAUAUUAUCCUGCGCCUUCAAUGGUUUUGCUGGCAAAAUUUGUUACGAUUCUCUGGAUCCCACUAAAUUUGCCAAGUGGAAGCCUUUUCUGAAACCUUACCUGGCAUUGUGUUUCUUCUUUAACAUUCUCAUUUUCUUCGUUGCUCUGAUUUGCUUUCUGAUGCGGGGAUCUCUGGAGAGCACACUGUCCCAGGGGCUCAAGAAUGGCAUGAAGUUCUACCGGGACACAGACACCCCUGGGAGAUGCUUCAUGAAGAAGACCAUCGACAUGCUCCAAAUUGAGUUCAAAUGCUGUGGGAACAAUGGCUUCAAAGAUUGGUUCGAAAUUCAGUGGAUCAGCAACAGAUAUCUGGAUUUCAGCUCGAAAGAAGUGAAAGAUCGAAUCAAAAGCAAUGUGGAUGGAAGAUACUUGGUGGAUGGUGUCCCUUUCAGCUGCUGCAACCCCAGCUCCCCGAGACCCUGCAUCCAAUACCAGGUCACCAACAACUCGGCUCACUACAGCUAUGACUACCAAACGGAGGAGCUCAACCUCUGGAACCGUGGUUGCCGGGAAGCCCUCCUACACUACUACAGCAGCAUGAUGAGCUCUAUGGGUGCCGUUGUCCUCCUCGUCUGGCUUUUUGAGAUGUCUGUGAUGGUUGGCUUGCGUCUUCUACAGACCUCUCUGGAAAGCAUUGCUAAUCCCGAAGACCCUGAAUGUGAAAGUGAGGGCUGGAUUCUGGAGAACAGCCUGAAGGACAGUUUGAAGUCCGCACUGGAGAGUUUGAAAAAGAUUGGUAAGUUCAAUCAGGUGGAAGCAGAUGCCGAAGGGGCAGAAGGAGAAGAAGGUGGGAAGACACCAGCCAUCACAACGGUCAGUUGAGCUUCUAAUUGAUGUGGACUUUGUAUCAGAAAGGAAUAAAAAAACUGAGAAUUGUGAAUAUCUACAUUUUAAAAGGUAUGUAUCAAUCAUCAGAAUACGUAUUUCUACUCAUGCUUUUUUUUUUUGUAUAUGGGAGUAUAAACAGAGCGCACCUUGGGAUAAUACACUUCUCCACAACAUGAGUACACCACUAUCACAUCUUCUAUGGGAAGUGACUCCACUAGGACUUGCCAUAUUCAUGUGUUCCCUUAUCAGGGAGAGUUAGUUUAAAAUAAUAAUAAAAAUAAUUAAAAAAAAAAAAUCACUGACAUCACACGGUGAUUCAUUCCAUCUUAUUUUGAAACUAAAAAUGGAAUUUGAGAAGUUAAUACUUUUUUUGCUCAAGUUGUUUUAUCAGCAUACUUUAUCUGCUUCAGUUUUUAAGGACAAACAGAUUGGUUUUCUGGGCAAUAACAUGUUAGAAGCCAAAGGAAGAAAGAUUUUCACAAUUGUAUAUAAACUAGCAUACAGGUAUUUUGACAAACCUCUCAUAUAAUGUGAUUUUUGUUUAUGUGCUAAGCAAUGGUAUUUUCUGUUGUAUUCCUCAGAUGUACAUAGAACAAAAUGCAAACUUAUGCUGAGAAUUUAUGUACUAAGAAAAAUUGUAAUUUAAUCCCCAGUAUCACGAAAGCAACACUAAGGUACGGUUUGUUUUUGUUUCUCAGGGCUUGUUUUUCCAGCCAGUAUAUCCUAAAAAAACCCACAUAUCAUAGACUUAUGCUUCACCUUGUAUUUAAACAAGCAGAAGCUUAGAAAAUUCCUCUUGUAGCGAGUGGAAUCAACACUAUGAGCAUGUGCCAGUUACAGUUACUCUGGACAUUUUAAAAAGUAUGUAAUUUCAUAGCUCCCUCCAGGAUAUUUAAGCCAAACUAUUUUUAAGAAAAGGGGGAAAAAAAAUAAAAAGGCUACUUAGAACUAACACUUUAAAUGUUUUCCAGAGUCCUUCCAUCUACAGGUACUUCAAGCUUCAAACUUUGAGGCCAGGGAAAAAUAAGUCUAAAUCAGUCCCAGUGUGCAAAUGCUUACAAGUUUUGAUUUUUCUUAUCAGGAAUAGGGUACCCUUAAUUAUAUCUUUUAAGCCAAAACGAAGGUACAAUUUGCAUAUGCCGUAUCUCUCCAAAGAUACUGUCAGAGCUGGAGGACCUUGUUUUCAUAUACAAAGCAGGAAUAAGAAAUGGUAAACCUGCUGUGGUCCACGGCCUCUCGUAAGGGAACGGAGCAUCAUCUUGAGUUUAUCUGCAGCUACCUGAUAAAUUCAGCGAAAGGGAAAGAAACCCACGAGAACAACCCCAAUCACCUGCACAAACCAUUGCAGACAUCUUGGCCCUCAAGUGAGGCACCACACUUAUUUUUACCCAAGCUGUGCAAAACCUCUCCUGCUCUAUGGUCUACCCAGGAGAGUUUUCUCAGUUGGUCCCUUCCACCUGGCUGUUGGCUGGCCUUCAAACGAAGCCACGUUUGCAGCUGCCUAAUCACUGCACAGCCCAUUAGUUUUCAUUUUUUAAUCACUCAUGCGCUUGCCCCCAGCAGCUCCUCCAGCUUUUGUUCAAACUCCUUCUAGGAUGGAUAGAUCAGUUGGCAGCAGGACAGGUAGGGACAUGUCUGUGCAUCAAGUCGUAGUCUGUAUCUCGGUGGCCAGGCUGUUGCAGGCCAUCUGCACGCAAGCUUUGAUUUUGACAAGUAUUUGCGGCAUCCUUUCUCUUUUUCAAAGCUGGUCAAAGCUUUUAACUUCAGUUACAAUAAUGAAUUUAGUUACAAUAAUGAAUUAAAAAGUAAACAUUUGUUCUUUUGCGAGUAAGACUGACUAGAAAAAGGGCAACUAACAUAAAAGCCAACUUGCUAUUCACCACAGCCUAUCAUCUAUUGCUUUGCUGAGGGACACUCUGCAUGGCAGAACUGUGCAAACCAGACCAACUCCUUCCUUCUCAGUACGAUCACUGCUAUGACUGGCUGCUCCUCUCAGCUAGUCUGUUAGGGAACAGGAUUGUGGAUGGUGCAUGACGUGGCCACAUCUAUCAGAGAACAGCGUUGUAGAGGAGUCACAUGUGGAUAGGAGCUGCAUUACAAGGAUUAAUUGCAGUUUUCCUUGUGAGGCUUCAGUGUGCUGUAAUCUAUACUGGUUACUUGACUAGAUAUCUGAUUUUUCAAAGAGCUCUAUAUUUAUUUCUGCCCUAGAAAUCUGGCUUAGGCCAUUGCUUUAGACAGGACUCUCCAAUAAUUUGUGGUCUCUAUUUUAUUUCUGUGUGUCUGUUGCUAGAGUGACAUAAAUUGUCAAAUUAUUCUUUCAAUGCCGCAUUGGAGACACCAGUUCCUAGAGCAAGGGCCUCGCGUUGUUAGGCAGGUAGAGAGGCCACCUGAGACCAGUUUCUGAAGAAUAGUGUUGGAAUCGGGGUUUUGUACAAAUAAGAACAAAUAGUGUAUAUGCUAAUGCUGUCUAAAAUAAAGCCUCUUGGUUAAUGAAGAUCUUCGUAACAUCUUAUGGUUACUACAAGACUGUAACAUGACUGCUUUGUAAAAUAUUAUAUGUAAUAUAUCAUUUGUCCAAUCUUAAAUUUACUUUCUUGUCACAUCGCAAAUGCUGUUCUAGUUGAGAUAUCUCUGCUGCCUGUGUAUGUAAAUUUAGGCAUUAAAAAAAAAAAUCACAUUGCAAGUAAAGACCUCUUUAAAGAAAAUGUUGAAAUAUAUACAAUUUAAUACAGAUUUAUUUAAUUUGCAUUACUGUUGACUUUCUGCUUCUGAAUUCAUCUUUUUGACCCAUUUUGUGUGUUUCUGUGGGUGGGAAGAUUUUCCGCUUUCUAUAUAAUGCUCGGAAAGAAAGGAAACCACCUUCUUAUGUGCCCAGCUAAGCUCAGGAUGUGCAAACAGACCCCCGAAUCACUUGCCUUUUACUAGGAACAGAAUGUGCUGGACCGAUUUAGUAGUAUCCUCUUGUAGUACAUAGGAAUUACCACAUCCUCACAAACCUUCGCUUCUAGAAGUGCUCAACAAGUGAAACCACCGGCAUCCUCAGGAUCUUCAACAAUCAGCUAAACUGCAUGUACAACUUCUUUCUCC